AUGUCCUCCCUGGCCGCGGCCAAGGCCCCCGCCUCACGGGCAGCCUCUCGCUCCCCGGCCGCCGGCCUCUCGCCCGGGAAGGUGGAGGACCGCAGCGCGGAGCUCGCAGCCGCCCAGGACACACAGUCGAGGCCAGUGGAUCUGAGUCGUGUCAUCAAACUGCUGGAAGGUUCGGACUCAAUAGACUUGGAGAAAGAGCAGCUGAAAGCUCUGAAGAAGGUAGUCAAGCAUUUCGGAACUGGGCUUCCCCUCAAGGAUCUGGCCCAAGUCAUGGACAUUCUGAACCUGUGUGCAGAGAAAGUGAAUGAGCAAGCAGCUUUCACUGACCCUUUGGUUCAGCUUAUCAAAUUAUGUGGGUUGCCCUUCCUACAGAAGAAAUUCUCUGAUGAGAUGAGCUACUCUGAGACGGCUUCCAAAUGCAUUGCCCAGCUGGGUUAUUUGAUGAGGGUGCCAAGCUCUCAAGUGAGAAUAGAAAUUUGUAAGUGUGUUGUUCACUUUUAUGACAUGGAGCCACCGAGGAAGCUACAGUCAGGUUACCAGCCAACAAGUGCAAACUACAAAAUUAAGAUGGCUGAGCUUGGAGGAUUAGCAGAAACUCUGGUUUUAUCACUAGCACUGGUAGAAAACCAGCUUCUGGAGAAGCUGUGGGUACUUAAAGCUCUCCAGCACCUCUCCAGCUCUGGAGUAAAUUGCAGCCUGAUGCUGAAGGCUCAAGCAGCCAGCAGGCUUUGUUUGUAUCUGGGUGAUGCUGACCCCUCAGGACAGCUGCUGUUCCGCUCCUCAGACAUCCUCUGGAGCCUCUUAGAGAACACCUCCAAAGAAGAAGUCGUUCAUCAGCUCAACAACUUGGAAUGCAUCCAUACCCUGAAGGAAGUGUUUGUGGAGCUCCUCUUGCAUGGAUUCCGACGGUCUGACCGCCAGCUGCGGAACGACCUCUUGGUGCUGGCCUCCUUGCUGGCUGCAAACCCUGCAGCACCCAUGCUGGAAAGUGGAUUUGCAAAGCUGUUAGUAGUGCUUGCAACAUUUACUGAAGUUAAAAUUCCCAAUCCCUUGCUGAAAGGUCUUAAAUUGACCAACUCUCCUGAGGACUUUGAGAUGAAGAAGUUACUGUUCAAUGUCAUAGGAGUCUUAUCUAAAAACCCCUGUGCUGCACAGCUUCUCAGUGACAAUGAUGUGAUGCCAGCCUUGCUUUGUUAUGUCAAACCAAACCAGAAGCCUGGGUUUCAUGACUGGUCUGCUGCUCAGUAUGAAGAACUACAGCUUCAUGCAAUGGCUGUUUUAGCUUCUGUGGCUCCCCUGUUAGUAGAGAAAUACCUGUCCUGCCAGGCAAACACUCUGCUCCUGCUCUUUCUGGAGUGGUGUAUGGGCCAAGAUGCUUUCUCUGGCCAAGGGAACAGUUUCCAUGCAAGAGGAGGCCGCGGCAGCAAGCUGGCCCAGAUGCGCUACAGCCUGCGGGUGCUGCGCUCUGUGGUGUCCCUCUACCACGGGGCUGUCAGCCUCAGCCUGUGUGACCAGGGAGCAAUCAGCCAGCUGCUGGAUGUCCUAAAGUAUGCUGCAGACAAAUCUAAGGAGCAGGAAGAUGCCAUCCUGCUGGAAAUCCAAGCUGAUCUGUUGUUUCUUCUGUCUGCUCUCUGUGAAAGUGAUCUCCACAGAAAGGAACUCUUCAGCCCUGAAGGAGUGGAUCUCCUCAUCUCAUUCCUUCAGAUGGAUCCAAAGAAGAUACACAGUGGAUUGGGCCACAACCGCCUCCUCUUCACUGCCCUCGACUGCUUGUGGUCUUGUGUGCUUGGCUGCUCCAUUGCAGAGGAUUCUUUCCUGCAGGGACAAGGCAUUGGCCUGCUCCUGGACUUGCUGGCAUUAAAGCAGAAGAACCUCUGCAAUGUCAUCCUUGGCAUCUUGGUUGAGUUUUGUGACAACCCCAAAACCACUUCACACAUCAGCACCUGGCGAGGGGAGAAAGAGCAAACAGCAGCCAGCCUUCUCCUAGAGCUCUGGAGGCAGGAGGAGCUGGAGCUGGGGGUCAGGAGGGAUCAAUGGGGAAGGAUUGUUGACAUGAAGCAACCCAUGGCUGGCAGCUUCCAGAAACAGCAAGAGGUCAUUCCCCUGCCUGCCAACUGUCCCAGCUUUGCCAUCAUGGAAACGUCAGAAAACACUCGGGCCAAGCUCUACUGCUUGUUCUGCAAACUAGAGAAGGUGGUGCCUGUCUUUCAGGAUGUUGCAUUAAGAUCUCUUUAUGGUGCUGUCAGUGCUGCCCUAAUCCAUGUUCUUUCAGGUUUUGAAGACUUGCCUGUCGUAUCUGCUAGGGAUUCUGUCACCCUUGCCAUCAUACAGCACUACCUGGACUUCAAAGUUGCAGAAGUUUGGAGUGAACUGUGUGAAGAACUGAAAGAAGAAUUCAAACUUGUUAGGUCAGAUGAGGAAGCCUUGAAAGUUAUCUCAGAGGGAUCAGAAGACCUUGGGAGAAUGGUUGCUGCUCUGCAGACUGAAGUGCUUGAGAACCAACACCAUCAAGAGAUCCAAGAAGAGGAAAGAACAUAUGCAAGAAUCAAGGCUGCUCACAAGCAGAGAGAGAUGGUCACCAAGUCCUGGGAGAGCUUCUUGGCUCGGACAUCAAACUACGAGGCACUGAAGAAAAUGAAAAGGCUUCAGGAAAAGUCAAUAGAGGCUCCCAGACUGAAAUCCAAGCCUCAGACAGAAGCAGCUCAUUCUGCUAGGAAGGGCCUGGGGACCACAGUAAGUAACCCCCAGUGA